AUGUCGACGGCGGUGGAACUAACUGGGUUUCUGUUGUGCGUAGCAAGCUGCCUGCUCACAGGCUCCUCGCUAGCCAAUGACUACUGGAAGAUGUCCUCAGUGUCUGGCAGUGUCAUCGUAUCCACACGUCAGAUCCAGAAUCUAUUUCACUCGUGUGCCGAGAACAGCGCCGGCAUUAGGAACUGGAAAGACUUUCAGUCUAUGCUCUCUCUGCCAGAUUACAUACAGGCAUGUCGAGCCCUGAUGAUCAUCGCUCUGCUCCUGGGUCUAGCGUCCAUCAUUGUGUCAGUGCGGGGGCUGAAAUGCACAGAGAUCGGCAGCACUUCUGAACAGGCCAAGGGCGAAAUCACUCUGUCCGGCGGCAGCUUGUUCAUCUUAUCAGGUCUUUCCACCUUGACUGCUGUGUCAUGGUACGCUGCGCGGGUGGUGCAGGAGUUCCAUGAUCCAUUCCUUGCAGGAGUAAGGUUUGAGCUGGGUACAGGUCUAUACAGGUCGGCCAUUCUAGGUGGGGUCAUGCUUUGCUGUUCCUGUAAGAGAGGUCCAUCAGCGCCACCAACAGGGUGA